AUUGAACCCGCAACCUAGGUAUGUGCCCUGACCGAGACUGGAACCCGCAACCUUUUGGUGGAAGGGAGGACGCUCCAACCAACUGACCAACCGGCCAGGGCACAAGACAGCAAAGCGCUGCUGUUGGAGCGAACCUCACGCCCCGAGAGGACCGGUGGGCCGGGUGUCCGUUGCCAUGGUCCCCUUGACGCUCUCCCAGGGCUUCCGCGAGCCUUACGCCUCACGUGACGCGGCCCAAUAUGGCGCGGCCCAGGGUGUUUCACUGUCCACGUGGUUCUGGCAGGCAAGAUGGCGGCGGCAUCCAACGCGACCUCCUUGGAGUCAGCUCCGCGGAUCUUGCGACUGGUGGCCGAGUGCAGCCGCUCCAGGGCCCGGGCAGGCGAGCUGCGGCUGCCGCACGGGCCGGUGGCCACCCCCGUCUUCAUGCCCGUGGGCACGCAGGCCACCAUGAAGGGCAUCACUGCGGAGCAGCUGGACGCGCUGGGCUGCCGGAUCUGCCUGGGCAACACCUACCAUCUGGGUCUGAGGCCGGGCCCGGAGCUGAUCCAGAAAGCCCAAGGUCUGCACGGCUUCAUGAACUGGCCCCACAAUCUGCUGACGGACAGCGGCGGCUUCCAGAUGGUGUCCCUGGUGUCCCUGUCCGAGGUGACGGAGGAGGGCGUCCGCUUCCGCUCCCCCUACGACGGCGACGAGACCCUCCUGAGCCCGGAGAGGUCCGUGGAGAUCCAGAACGCGCUGGGCUCAGACAUCAUCAUGCAGCUAGAUGACGUGGUCAGCAGCACUGUGACGGGGCCACGUGUGGAGGAGGCCAUGUACAGAUCAGUCCGCUGGUUAGACCGGUGCAUUGCAGCCCAUCGGAGGCAAGACAAGCAGAAUCUCUUUGCUAUCAUCCAGGGUGGUCUGGACGCGGAUCUCCGAGCCGCUUGCCUCGAAGAGAUGACCAAGAGGGACGUGCCUGGCUUUGCCAUCGGGGGACUGAGUGGGGGUGAGAGCAAGGACCAGUUCUGGAGGAUGGUGGCACUGAGCACUUCAAGGCUGCCUAAGGACAAGCCCCGAUACCUGAUGGGGGUUGGCUAUGCCACUGAUCUGGUGGUCUGCGUGGCUCUUGGAUGCGACAUGUUCGACUGCGUUUUCCCCACGAGGACAGCGCGCUUUGGCUCUGCCCUGGUGCCUACGGGGAACCUGCAGCUGAAGAAGAAGCAGUUCCAGAAGGACUUCCGCCCCAUAGACCCUAAGUGUGCCUGUCCCACUUGCCAGAAGCACAGCCGUGCCUUCCUGCAUGCACUACUACACAGCGACAACACUGCAGCCCUGCACCACCUCACUGUUCACAACAUCGCCUACCAGCUGCAGCUGAUGGGCGCCCUGCGAGCCAGCAUCAUGGAGAAACGCUUUCCUGAGUUUGUGCGGGACUUCAUGGACACCAUGUAUGGGGACCCCACCCUCUAUCCCACCUGGGCCACUGAAGCUCUGGCCUCUGUGGGAAUCUCAUUGACUUGACCCAGCUUACGGGAGGGAGGGAGGGGAUGGGAGAUAUUGAAGGGUUGGAUUUUUUAUUACAA